AACAAAAGGAAAAUAGUUUACUAAAUCCUUUUUGUCCACCUUUUCUUCUUCUUUUUUUUCUCUCGUUUUGAUUCUUCCCAAUUUAUGAUUUAUUAUUUCUCCUUCAAACCAUCAUAGGAAUUUAUCAAAUUUUCAAUGAUAAAAAGAAUUAUUUUAGAAAAAAAUUACCUAUUUCUCUUAUAAUUGCCAUUUUUUUUUUCUUGAAGUUGGUUUUUUAAUAGACAUUGAGAGUUUCACAUCGGACAGCAAAUUAGCUUUUGUAGCCUUGUGCCAAAUGGAGGGUCCUUAGUCUUCUCUCUUCUUUCUCCCUCUAUCUUUCCCAGUUCUUCUCCCCUUUCCUUCCUCCCCCUCAGUUCUUUCUUCACUCUGCAACAACAAAUUCACAGUCUUUCUUCAUCUUUCUGUGCUAAAAUCUGCAUAUUAGCCUUCUUCUUCUGCAAUCUUCUGGUACCGUUUUUUUUGUUCCAUACGGGACUCAUUGUUCCACUGUUUUAAAGGGUUCUUUCUUCAUCGACUUGCUGAUCCACUAAAGGCUUCAUUGGGCGGGUGAGCUUCACUUAAAAAAUGUCCCUUUUCAUUUCUUCUGUAUUUGGUUUGAUUUUCUUAGAAAUUUCAUAUUUAUUUUGAAGAUGAAUGGUUUUUUAAGGGUAUAAUGUGCUGUAUGAAUCUUCAUUCGGUAGAUCUGUUUUGGUGAUUUUUGUGUUGCUUUUUGUCAAUAGCUUGUGCUGGAUAGUAAGUGGCAUGCAAAAUUUCCCCUUUCUUUUAGUUUUGUGGUCAAAUUUUGCUUCAAUAUCUUCCCCUGUAGCUAGUGUGAGCUCUUUCUCUUUUCUGAAUUCAGUAAGGGGGUAGGUGCCUAGGUGGCAUGCCAUUUUGUUUAAGCUUAAAAUUUUGAAUGAUUAUGAGUAAUCUUAAUUGCUGAGGUUGGAGACUUUGGAUGGCUUGUGAUUUUUGAUUGCUUAAAUCUUAGAGGGCGUUUUCUUUACCCUGAAAAGAUCAUACUAAACUCGCAGUUGGGAUUACUGAAUGAUGCAGUAUAUUCAUUGCCACGAAAUGUUUAAGCUGUAAAUUGGGCUGAUUGCACUUUUGCUAUUUGAUGACGCUUUUUUGGGUUUUCAGUUCUGAUCUUAGGAAUUGGCUCUAUGCUUUUAUGUUUUAGCCGUUUGAUAUUUCUGGUAUUGGGUUGGGCAGGUUCAGAGGGUUAAGACAAACAAGAAAGUGGAGUAUAAUUUAGAAGUCUGAUGUCUCCACCACUGCUUGGUGUUGGGGAGGAAGAGGGUCAGAGUAAUGUGACCUUGUUGGCUUCUUCCGCCUCCUUAGAAAGUGUUCGACAGAAUGGAUCUGUGUUCAAAGAGCGAAACUACAUGGGGUUGUCCGACUGCUCUUCUGUGGAUAGUUCCACCAUUUCCAACUCGUCAGAAGGGAGUAAUGGUAGCUCAAUGAAUUUGAAGGCAACAGAACUCAGGCUUGGGCUCCCUGGUUCCCAAUCCCCCGAGAGGGAAUCAGAUCACUUCCUUGUGAAGAGCUCACAACUUGAUGAGAAACCAUUAUUUCCUUUACAUCCUCUGAAGGAUGGAAACUCUUCGAGUUCACAAAGGGCGAUUACUUCAGGCAGUAAAAGAGGAUUUGCUGAUGCUAUGGAUGGAUUCUCAGAGGGCAAAUUUUCUGAAGUUAAUGCGUUGUCUUCCAGAACUACUCUUAAUGCUGGGCUCAAGCUGAACUCUGCAAAAGAGAAUUCUGGUCAAGCUGCCAAAUUGAAAGAAGUUGUGCCCCAAAAUACUGCUCAGGAUAAGACCCGUGCAGCAAACGAGAGCAUCCCUAAUCGAGCUGGAGCUACAAAUAACAAUAUUGGGGCCCCUGCACCCAAGGCACAAGUUGUCGGUUGGCCACCAGUUAAAAACUUUAGAAAGAACACCCUGGCUUCUACCUCAAAAAUUGCUGACGAAGUUGAUGGGAAGGCUGGAUCCGGUGCUCUAUUUGUCAAAGUUAGUAUGGAUGGUGCUCCUUAUUUGAGGAAAGUUGAUGUUAGAAUGUAUGGAACUUAUCAGGAGCUCUCUUCUGCCCUUGAGAAGAUGUUUAGCUGUUUUACCAUUGGUCAAUAUGGAUCUCAUGGAAAUGAUGCAAGGGAGGGUCUGAGUGAGAGCAAACUGAAGGACUUGCUGAAUGGAUCAGAGUAUGUUCUCACAUAUGAGGACAAGGAUGGUGACUGGAUGCUUGUCGGUGAUGUCCCUUGGGAUAUGUUCACUGACACAUGCAAGAGGCUGAGAAUCAUGAAGAGUUCCGAUGCUAUUGGCCUAGGUUAGUAUAUGUUUUCUUGUCUUGACAUUUAGUAUGCUACAGUGCAAGAAUUUUGAACUCAUUGCAAGUUGUAUGAGGUGCUCUUUCAUUUCCAAUUUGUCUAGGCACUCUAAAGUUUCAAGGAAUAUCACUAGCUACUGUUGCAUUUGUAUACUUUACUUGUUUACUUACCCCGGUCAUUCACAUGGACAUAUGGUUAUUUUGAGGAAAUCGAUUACUGGACUUUUCUAUGUUUUCUAAAUAAUACCUUCCUCAUUUACGAUAUUUGUUGUCUUUGCAUCAAUGCUGAUUUUUCUUUUUAUUUUUUUUCCUUGUUUCCAUUUCCAAGCCCACAGCCAUGCAUUAAAGUAGAAGAUGGGCUUCACAAAUUACACGUGCAAAGGAUGUUGUAUAGAGAGUAGUGUUCAUUUGAGCUAUUUAAUGUCCUACAUUAUCCGUUGUUUUCGAGGAAUGAUAUUGCUCUCUUUUAUAUGGAAUAUUUUGUUUUACUUCGUGGUGUUUUCUUUUCAUCCUAUAUCUGUAGGCAGCCUUUUCCAUUGUAUGGAAUAAGAGUUCCAAUUUUCUCAUUUGAGUAUUGUUUAAUUGCAAAAACAGACGUUCAUUUCAGUAUUGUCCUUUACAUCCUAGAAUUCAAGUCUGAUGUUUAUAAUUUAUGUCACGCACGACUUGAAUCAAAUUUGUUAAUCUGUCCAUAACUCAGCUUCCAAUUGUGUGCAGCUCCUAGGGCUGUUGAGAAGUCUCGGAGCAGAAAUUAGUCACAUCUUCUACAUGAGUGCUACCAAAGGGACUAGUGGAACAUGUUAAAAGUGGUCAUCUGCAAGAUCUGUUUAACCCAAGGCGUAAUUGGUGUCUUUGGGGCAGCAUAUCAUGUGGUAGAUGUUUAUCUUAUUGUCAUUGUGUUUUCCUUUUCACGUAAUUAAUGUCAUGUCGUCUGCUUUUGUAUUUAGUAUUUGAACUCUCAAACCUCCUUUUAACGGAUUGUACUCCCUGCGGAUUUUACUGUUUUCAUUAUUAUUAGUGUGUACAAUUUGUAUCGUGUGUCAAAACAUAUUUAUUUAUCCGAAGACCUUAUGUUGUUGUGUGUGACUCACUUGUUACUCAAAGAUCCUAGUUAAUUUUCCACCUUUGCAUCUUCAUCCAUUUGGUACAGACAUGUUACAUUGUAAUUAAUAUAUCUAGAUCAGCAAAAUGGGUACAUUAGGCCAUUGAGACUUAACUGCAAGGAGAGAUGUUAAUGAAAUUGAAUGAAGAUAGAGAAACGGGAUCAUAAGCGAUUGGUUUUCUUUAAGGUAUCUUGAAUUCAGAAAGCUACAUGAGGGCAAUAAUUGUUGGCACUGUGUUGGAUGUGAAAAUUAUUGUGUUGUGGUGUUGGCAUUUCUCCUGUAUGUCCCCCUUCUAGAGUUUCUUUAAAGGCUAUACCCCAUGUGGGAGAGAGCAUGGUGCGGUGCAUAGCUUUGCAUUAUUGAAAGUCAUACCUAAAGAAAAUAAUGUUGUUUGGGGCAGGGGGUAUCAAAAUGAUUUGAAGGGCUACUAAUAGUUUGGAGUAAUAAUGUAUGUAUAGCUUAUGUAAGCACUGACCUCAAAGUGCACUUAUUUGACGUAUAUA